AUGAACGUGAACCCGAGCACAAACCACCUUCCGGGUCGCGUACCCAUAUGGGCCCCUCACAAGGAACCUUUACCUCCUGGUUUUCAGGAGGAGGACAGACCGAUAUACGAGCAAAACAAACGCUGGGAAGGUUAUAUGACAUCGGCCAUGGAGUCAUGUCCAGUGAAAACUGUGUUGGCCGGAGGUGCAGGGUUCGGUAUUGGCGCGUUCUUCUCGCUCAUGUCUGCGUCAUUUGCAUACGAGGACCCAUAUCUACGGUCGCAAACACAAGCACAGGCUACCCUAAAUACCACACAAAAAGCCAGCGCCAUCUUCAAAGAAAUGGGCAAAGGCAUGUGGACGAGUGGAAAAUCCUUUGGAAAAAUCGGUGCUCUCUUUGCUGGUAUUGAAUGUUACCGUGCCAAAAAUGAUAUCUAUAACUCGGUUUCAGCAGGAUUUGUAUCCGGAGGAAUUCUUGCUCGUAAUUCGGGGCCCAAAGCUGCUGUUGGCGGCGGACUGGCUUUCGCCGCUUUCUCAGCAGCUAUCGAUUUAUUGUUCUUACGAAGAGAGCCGGCUGACGAGGACUAG